ACGUGUCCUCGCGAUGUGUGACGACAGCGACGACUAAAUAUCGAAAAGCCGAAGGCAGCGCGAGGCAAGCCGAGUCUUACCGAAGUGUCUCCGUGACGUUAUGCUGGAGCAGAAGAGAUAAGACGGUGAAAAGAAGUGAGAGCUCUGUUUCCUGGUGUCGAGAGAACUGUCUGCUGGUCUUGUCAAGCCACGCGUAUCCCAAAAUGUCGUACGCGUACCUCUUCAAAUAUAUCAUUAUCGGAGACACAGGAGUUGGAAAGUCCUGUCUUCUUCUUCAGUUUACGGAUAAAAGAUUUCAGCCAGUCCAUGACCUGACAAUAGGAGUCGAGUUUGGUGCUCGUAUGAUUACCAUUGAUAGCAAGCAAAUUAAACUGCAGAUAUGGGAUACUGCUGGUCAAGAGGCAUUCCGUUCUAUAACAAGGUCAUAUUAUCGUGGAGCGGCCGGAGCUCUAUUGGUAUAUGACAUUACACGUAGGGAAACUUUUAAUCAUCUUACAACUUGGCUUGAAGAUGCAAGGCAACAUUCGAAUUCCAAUAUGGUUAUUAUGUUGAUUGGCAACAAGAGCGAUUUGGAUAACCGAAGAGAAGUGAGGAGAGAAGAAGGUGAGGCUUUUGCACGGGAGCAUGGUCUAGUCUUUAUGGAGACCAGUGCCAAAACUGCAGCCAAUGUAGAAGAAGCGUUCAUUAAUACAGCGAAAGAAAUAUAUGAGAAGAUACAAGAAGGAGUCUUUGACAUCAAUAACGAGGCAAAUGGUAUUAAGAUUGGACCACAGCAUUCGCCGACAAGUCCUGGAGGUUUACCAGGCACUGGUGGACAAGGUAGUGCGCAAGGUGGUGGGUGCUGCUAGGGGCUGGGGCCUUUCUGUCCACCGCUUCAUCCUUCUCCGAUCUGAAUUGACCUUUACUCCUGCUCUUCGUUUUAAUCUGAACAUUUACUUUGUACAAUUUAGUUGUGCGCAAGCCGCAUCAUGAGGUAACAAAUGACAAUUGAUGUAUUUAUUAGUUACAGUAAUCUUAUACACGUAAUAAAUAGGAUUAUUGUAAGACGAAAAUGUUAUACAUCAUUAAAAUCAUAUAAGGCAUAAUAAAGUCUUUAUUUACAAAGUUUCGUAAAAGAUAUGUGAUGAAUGAAGUUACGCCAUUUUUCAAUGUGUCUCUGGCAGGUUUAAUUCUUUUUCGUAGCGACCGAAUUAUUUAACGUGUAACUGUUUUCGUUCUUACAUACACGCAAUAGUUUUACCUUCUAACAAAUUGUUUUUUGCGUUUCAAGCUGAACGGGUUCCAUUGAUUCUUAUUUAGGAGGUAUUUUAUGUUUAUUUAAUGCGUAGUAUAAUUUAACUUUAAUUACAUUGUAAAUUUUAGCGGGCUUGCCUCCCACUUUAUGCAGCACGACAUGAAAUCAUUGUAUUAAGUAAUAUCAAUUAUCGAGAGUGAUAAAGCGGGAGAGGACAGGCACUUCUAUUUAAAAUGUUUUGUAUUCAUUUAAUAUGUAUUGUAUAUCCUAAUGUAAUGUGCACUAACGAUCAAAAUUCCAUUCUAUUAAUAGUGGCUCACGGACGCUGAUAUAUACAUCAGUUAAUCUGAUUUUACAUGAAAACAUGAUUUACAUCUAAUUAUCUAAAACAACACUAUAUAUAUAUAUGUAUAUGUAUGUAUGUAUUGAUAUAUAAGACAAUUAUACGAAACAUAUAUUAAUCAAUACCAUCGGGAGGCCUAUUUAACCAGAUUUAUAUUACAUAUAAGAGUACGCAAUAUAGCAAAAUCUUAUAUUGCAUAUAUUAACGAUCAGUAUCAUUAUUUGUGGUAUUUAUUGUCGCGUUUUUCUGAAAAUGGAGACAUCAUCGCGUAUUAUGAUAAAGAAC